UGCGUCAAGAAGUUCAGUCGGGCCCCGUUGCCCUAGCAACGGCUUUCGAGCGGCCGUUGUUCUCCUUGCUCCAUGUCGUUGCCGGAGCCGGUGAGAAGGCGGCUGAGUUCCUUCAGCCGAACUGUUUUUACGGACAACAACCGCACGGUACCCGAAAGCAGAGGCGACGCCAACCACAUUGAUAAUGAAAUCGUCUCCAGUUUGCCAUUACAGAUGUCCCUGUAUUUUAACUUCUGGUUCUUCCCUUUUUGGUGGGCAAGCAGUGUUGCCAUGUUGCAGCUGAAGUACUCAGUCUUACCAGAUUACUACAAAUUCAUCCUUGUGACAAGUAUUAUAUUAACAUCUUUAAUUGAGGUUAUACGUCUGUACCUUGGAUACAUGGGAAAUUUGCAGGAGAAGGUAGGUGUCCUUCACAUACCUAAGAUCCACCUUUCUAAACAAAUGGAUACAGUUCUUUGAAAAAGACAAAACAUUGGAAAAUUUAUAGUUUGAAUUCAGGACCGUCUUUGAGUCUUAAUUUGUUCUUAAUUUAGUCAGGUGCAGAGUCAUGGGCAGUUAUGUGCAUUCCCAGGGCAGCAAAUGUUAGAUCUUUGCUCUGUGUACUACAUUGGUUGCCAGUUUGCUUUUGGGUCCAAAUUGAAGAUGUGGUUUUAACCUUUAAACCCUUCAUGGCAGGGGCCUGGGUUACCGAAGGGACCAUCUCUCCCCAAUUACAUCAGCCUACCCCAUUAGAUCUCACACAAAAGAUAUGCUGCGGGUACCAUAGAAUAGUGACCUACAUCUUGUGGGUCACAGGAGACAUGUCUUCUCUUAUGGAACAUCCUUCCUCCUGAAAUUAGAUUGGCCCAAUCCCUUUUGAUUUUCUGUAAGAACCUCUAGACCUGCAAAGCCUGGAGCUACAAGGGAAAUGGAGAUUUGUCCCAGUGGCUCA